CUGGUUUUUGCAGCAUCUAAGGAACUUCAAUCAUAUUGCAAAUCGUAAUUCAAAAGCGUUUGAAUUAUGAAUUCGCAGAAAUGUGUAUUUAUUAUUCUGGUAAUGAGUGCAUACCUGUGUUCUACUACAAAUGCUGGAAUGUAUCCUUAUAAAGAGAGCAGAGCUGUUAAAGAGCAAAACAAAACGUUGGAUAAAUCAGGAAAUGACCUACUCUUUCAUCUUUUGAGCGAAGUAUAUGCAAUAAAAUCAAAAAUUGGAAAUUUGGAGGAAAGCAGGAAAGCGCUAUUAAAAGAAGUCAAUGCACUAAAAAAUCGGAGAUAUACUGUAUGUGAAACAGGUGAUGUUAAAUUAUACAACUUUCCGGGUCAUUUCUACAGCUGGCCACAAGUCAAACACGUUGUAUUCAAGAAUCAUUUUGAGGGACCACCUGUGAUAACUUAUGGACUCUUUACAAUCGACACAUCGAAUAGAGAAAACACACGGAUUAGAACUGACUUAAGCUACAUCACUAGGUCAAACUUUUUGAUUCGACUGAAUACUUAGGGAGCUUCGAAAACGUAUGGAGUGGGUUUGAGCUGGAUGGCAUGUGGAAAAACAGACUUUCAAAUAAGAUUUGUCGCUUUUCAUUACAUUGAUAAUAACUAAUCAAAUAAACGAUGUAUCUUUAUUAGGUAAAUACAAUAUUUUAUUACUAGUAUACA